AUGGGCACCAUGAGCGAGACAUCGACAGCUGCAGGAGAACCCGCUGCAGUGCACUGCUUUCAGACCGGCAAAGAACGCGAAGCUGGCGACGUCAGCCCUCAAUUUCGAUACCAUCCAGUCAUACUGCACAGUAAGAGCGGCACAGUCAAAGCAGUGGCAUUCGUUGAUGAAGGGUCGCACUUCUCGCUGGUGGAGGACGGUCUCGCGGACGAGCUUGGCCUAGAGGGCCCCAACCAGCCUCUGCACCUGCAAUGGACAGGAAGAGUCACCCGCGUGGAGAAGAAAUCACGCAACGUGACUCUGAAGAUCUCGGGAACGCCAAAGGAACACCACUACACUCUGGCUAGAGUAAAGACUGUGCAGAAAUUGGACCUGCCAGAGCAAUCAUUCGACAGCAAAGCUCUACAGUCCAACUAUCGGCAUCUGCGGGGGCUUCUGUUGAAAUGUCAAGAGGGCGCAGCAAACGCGCCGGUAGCUGUUAUGUGCCGCCUAGGAUGGACCGCCUUUGGGGGCACCAACCAGAGGCAGAAGAUAGUAGCCGUUGAGGCAGCGCAGUGGGUGGCACACAUGUGCGUGCAGGGUGCGACUGCGACUGCUGGGGGCAUCAACGAGACAGCCGAGAAGGCGGGAAUCUAUCACCCGGUACCGGAGAAACCGCGCUCUCGCUGCGACUCGCACCCACCGGGUAAGGACCCGCUGCUGGCGAGGGGCAACACAUACAACUCACUCGAGCGGUCGUUGUCGGACCACGCGACGGCAGACGAUAAGACUGACCAAAGCAAGAGCGGCAACCUAGAAGAUCCCACAAUUUGCUUGCUGGAGGCCCGGCGAAGAAGUCCGCUGGAUCAGCACUGGGCAAUACCCUACAAGGACAGAUUAAGAGGUAAUUGCAAUCACUCGCCAUCUCGAAGACCUCUCAACGACGAGGAAGCGGGCGGUGGGACAACGGCAGCCUCCUGCAACUCAACGCUCGGUACCGGCCCGAUGGCUGGCCACCAGGUGACCAUUCCUCCGAUCAUCGAUGCCGGCGACGGUCAGCUGGUAAAGCAACCGUGCCACAACUCCGGCAUCAAUAUUCGCGAUCCGAAUGCGGCGACCGCGGUAGUCGACGCCUGUAGUGGUGCAGCGAUGCCACCUCUACCAACCGUGGCCCCGAUCGCGACCAAGAAUGUGUACAGUGACGCCGACGUUGUGCCGAGUACGGACUGGGUGCCGCCACUUACGGCUGCUCCGACCCAUCCGCACGACGGUUCCCCACACAGCAGUAGCUCACUCGGGUGCACCACACAACACAGCAGCACCAUCCUGUCGACGUCGGAAGCGGGUGACCGAAAAAAGACUUC